AUGACAAAAACAUACAACAGAAGGGAUUCGCUGGUGGUCACCCACCCAACUACUAACCUCCCGGCGUGUGGCUUGAGUACGGCUGAGCGGACGGGAAGCCCUAUUUUCCACACCCUGUGGUCUGUACUAAAGUCGGUGGGUCAUUUGAGAGCGGAUGCUAACAUAUCGAGUCCUCAUGCAUUAGAAACGCGUCUGUCGAGUGAGUGGCCCAUGCCCGAACCCGCCGAGUCGACAGCAAAACCUCUAGCCAUUGUGUAUGGUCCGGAAGAGGUGUGCGAUGCGAAAAUUUACGCGUAUUGUUACUCGCCGCUUGAAAAGGAAGAGAAGAUCCACUGGACCAACGAGAACUUUGGCGGCGAUACCUGGGUCGGAGGAGCCAAGACAGGCACGAUCUACUAUGCAACCGAUGGUGGCUCGAAAGUGGAGCAGUGUAUGGGUCGGGAGAACCAACGGACUGAGUGGGAGGUUUGAAUUCAGAGCGGUGUCUAGAUGGGAGGUGAAUUGCUGUGGACCUGGGAGAUGCAUGAAGCCCCGCUCGAGGAGCAUCAACCUCUACUCCCAUCAUCAUUACCUGCCAUGAUGCACUGACUAGUUACUCCUUGUAGUAGCCGAUCAAACUCUUGUGGAUAUAAAAGUCCUUGUAUCCACGAUUGGCAGCGAGCAAACCCAACCGAUUCAUAAG